GGUAGGCAGACUUCUUUCUCCCAUUCCGAUAAUUAAGCACCGCGAAGCAAUAUCGUCCAGCUUCUUGGCGGCUUUCAUGUGGAAACAAACGUUCCCAUCCCCUCCCAAAACCCCAACGGGCACCAACGCCUUUUGCAAAGUCGGUGGCCAAACCGCUUCUAUUGAAGGAAUUCCCGGCCAAGACUGCAUUGACAAAGGGAUAGCAAGAGCUGGCCUGGGGGCAGGCAUGAAGGCGUCGCUGCUGCUGCUGCUGCCCCCCCUGAUCGCUUGUCUUCUGCUCAAAGCCCGGGGCAAGACCUUCAGCCGCUGUGAGCUGGCCUUGAUGCUGCAACAUUCGGGAUUAGAUGGGUACGAGGGCUACAGCCUGGCUGACUGGGUUUGCCUGGCAUACUUUUCCAGCGGCUUCAACACAGCCAAAGUGACGCACAAUUCGGACGGCAGCUCGGAAUACGGCAUCUUCCAGAUCAACAGCCGUCUCUGGUGUUCUGACAGCCACAGCACCACCAAGGACCUGUGCGACAUAUCGUGCCGUGAUUUGCUCACGGAUGAGAUUGUUGAUGACAUUGAUUGUAUCAAGAAAGCUGUGAUAGACUCUGAAGGCUUGAAUGCUUGGAUGGGCUGGAGAGAUCACUGCCGGGGCAGGAAUCUGAAUUACUGGGUCAACACCUGCAACUUGUGAACCCUCGGAAUUGGCGGUGGGAUUGGUUGUCUGGUGCCCAGCCCCAAGACGGGCACGAACUGCUGCUUCUAGAUGUGACCGGGCAGCAAAACAAACCUGACUGUCACUGCAAAGUUAUUUCAAUAAACGAAUUUCUUUCCUAGCAAGA